GGGGUUGGGAAGGAGGAGGAGAGACAGGCGGACGCAGGCCGGAGAAAAAAGCUAGAGAGAAAGAAGCCAGCCUCGGCGGGCGCCUCCCCGCUCCCCCCAGCCCUCUCGGACAUCGGGCUCUCUUCUUCCUUGCUGGGCGGCUGGUGCCGGCUUCGCUUCUUCUCGCCAUGUCGGUGAAUAUGGAGGAGCUCAGGCACCAGGUCAUGAUUAACCAGUUCGUGCUGGCCGCGGGUUGCGCGGCCGACCAGGCGAAGCAGCUGCUGCAGGCGGCCCACUGGCAGUUCGAGACCGCCCUGAGCACGUUUUUCCAAGAAACAAACAUUCCCAACAGCCACCAUCACCACCAGAUGAUGUGUACACCUAGCAACACACCUGCUACACCACCCAAUUUCCCGGAUGCAUUGGCUAUGUUCUCCAAGCUACGGGCCUCGGAGACCCUGCAAAGCAGUAACAGUCCCAUGACAGCCAUGGCUUGCUCCCCUCCUGCAAACUUCAGCCCCUUUUGGGCCUCCUCUCCACCCAGUCACCAGGCAGCCUGGAUCCCACCCUCCUCCCCCACAGCUCACAGCCUACAUCACCUCCACCAUCCUCAGCCCACGUGGCCCCCUGGGGCACAACAGGGGGGUUCCCAGCAGAAAGCUGUGGCUGCAAUGGAUGGGCAGAGAUAAGACUGUUGCUGGGCCCGGGCUGGGGGUGCAGGGGCUAGAAGUGCUUGGGGUAGGGGUGGGUGCAGAGAAGGACAGGUUAGGGAAGGGUGGGGUGGGAUGGGGUGGGGUGUUUCCUGAAGAUUGCACUGGAAAAUUUUAUAAUUUUUUUUAAACUUCCUGAGCCACCCAAGGCCUUCAGGGGGGGAUUUCUCUUCAGGAAAGUCAAUAACUGGUCUUUUCUCUUUUUAAUAUAUAACUAUAAUAUAUAUAAAUAUACAGAUAUAUCUAAUGUAUAGGAGAAUGGGGCCAGCCUUGGAGAGAGGAAGAUGGAGAAAACGUCUUUCUGUCACCUCUCUCUUUGCUUCACUUACCCCAGAGUGGAAUGCUUGGCUAAUAACAGAUAGAUCUCUGGGUAACGAGUUCUGGUGACCUGAGCUGGGGUGGGAUGGGGUGCCAAUGUCUAGAGCAGCUAUGACAGGGAGGGGGAGGGGGGUAAGGGGUGCACUCCCAUUCUCUGCAAUGCUGAGGCUGUGAACCUGGAUCGAGGCAGCAGCCAGACAAGCCAGGCUUUCUCCUUGGGACUCCCCAGGAACAGUGGCCACAGAAAAAUGGAUUUGAGGGGAAAUGAGGAUGUUGUGCACCCUCCCAAUCUGGACUCGGCCUCCCAAGUGCUGAUCACAGCUGCCGCUGUUCUUCUGACCUCAGACUGGAGGGAAUCUUCUUCCCUAACCCCCAAUCACUGCUGCUUAGACCCUGGAGGCAGCCUGUUCUUUUUGCCGGUUUUCCCUGGGGUCUUCACCCUGGGUGUGGGGGUGGUGAGGGCUAGGGUGGCCCACCUCCAGAUAACAUUUUUCUCCUCCCCCUUCCAGAGCUGGGGCCCUGUACCAUAUUGUAUAGGAGGGUUGGAGGUGGGAAGGACCUAAGCUUCUCCCACCAGAGCCACAGGUGGUGGGGGUGGCUGGCUUGGUUGAGCUGGACAGGAAAAGCUUGCAACCGAGGACUUUUGGUUUAGUUCCCAAAUCAGAAUCUUGCUCAUGCCAGGUUGAGUUUUUUUUUUUUUAAUUAAUUUAAAAUUUUUUUAAAAAAUGAAUUUUCUAACCUCC